UUCUCCUCUAAAAUGUCAUCCUUUUUUUAUUUUUUAUUUAUUUCUGUUAGUCUUUUGAUUCUUGCUAAUGCUGAUGAUGCUGGUAGAUAUCCUUCAGGAGAUGAUUUAGUUCAAGCGUUUCCUACUCGACUUUGUGAUACAUGUAAGUUGGAUGGGUAUUGA